AUGUCCGCCAAACGGCCACAGCGAGUCACCAGCGCCGCGACCGAAAACCUGUUCGGCUCCACGGACCUUGCCUCGACCAAUAUCCAGCGUGGUCGAGACCACGGAUUAGCGUCCUACAACGACUAUCGCGAAUUUUGCGGCCUCCAACGAGCCAACGAUUUCAACGACCUCAGCGGCGAAAUCUUGGACCCCAAUCUACGUAAUAACUUGAAGCAGGGCUACGGUCACCCAGAUAAUGUCGAUCUAUACGUUGGAGGCUUGUUGGAAGACCCCAUCUUCGACGGCCUGGUUGGUGCGACGUUUUCUUGUAUCAUAGGAAUGCAAUUUAAAAAUUUAAGAGACGGAGAUCGGUAAAG